UUUGAAAACUGCGAUAGCAAAACUUUUAUCUCCGAGUGCCGAGAGAAGGUAGAGGUUAAAAUAUAUUAUCACAAUGAAGAACAUAGAUUGUGAACUAUAACCAGUUUAUUUACUAUUAAAAUAUAUUUAUGAGUUAAUGUGUCGAGCUCAAGAAUAAACGUUUCUUGUUGUGUCCACAGUAUCGGGCCUUUCCAAUAGGAGGGGUGCUUCUUGUGUGAGCUGUUGUUUCCCUUCACUGCCAGAGAUGGUGCAGCGGCUCCAUUCUGUUAAGAGCUCCCACAGAAAUCCACUUGUCAUUUAGAACUGAACAGUGCUCAGACACCCCCACACACGCAUGGAUGCACACUUAAUACUGUAAAGAAGAGGACUGAGAAGCUUUUAUUUUUGUUUUGGUGUUUUAUUCCACUAGACAAAUAUCCAACCUGGGGAGCUGUUAGCAAUUCAUUCAUCACAUCAGCUAAGGACGUACAAUUUAAAUGUAAUCCUUUUGUUCUUCAAAGCUUCUGACAAGAAACAAAACAUUCCUGAAAUCUUAAUCUAUAUGAACACUGGCAAUCAUGAUGGGCAAAGCAGGGUUGUUCUUACUGAUGCUGUGGGGCUGUACUCUUUGUGGAAGCCAAACUUCAAUGCAGAAAUCGCCACAGGGAACUUUGGAUUUUGGGUUUGUGCCCUCUGGAGUUUAUGAAACACAUGCAUAUUUUGAACCUGGACCUAUAGGAAUCCUUUUUCACAUGGUACACGCUUUCCUUCAUGUGGUGCAGCCCAAUCCUUAUCCUCACGAUCUCGUCACAAAGGUGGCACAGCAGAAGUUGAGCGAAGUGAAACAAGAGUAUCAUAAGCCAGAAAACUGUGUACUGGCACUCCAGGCCAUCUACUAUGAAAUGGGUUUCAUUGUAUGCGCCUCCCUGGGAGUGCUUUUUGUUCUGUUCAUGCCUCUUGUGGGGCUUUGCUUCUGCAUGUGUCGUUGCUGUGACAACUGCGGUGGGGAGAUGCAUCAGAGACAGAAGAAGAAUGCUGACUGCCGGAGAGGCUUCUUCGUAACCUUACUCUUUGUGACGUCUCUCAUAAUCUCGGCCGGUGUGCUGUGUGCGUACGCAGCCAAUCAAAAUCUAUCGACUCAGCUGAAGGGAGUCCGGAAGCUUGUCGAUAGCAAUUUCAGGGAUCUGAAAACCUUUGUAAACGACACUCCGAUGCAAAUCGCUUACCUGGCUAACCAGUACAACACUGCCAAAAACAAGGUCAUUUCUGACCUAGAUAAUAUAGGUCCUUUGCUUGGCAGUAGGAUUUGUGCACAGAUGGGAAAAGAAGUUCUCCCUGCACUAGAUGGGGCACUAAGUUUGGCUGGAGCCAUGAGAGAAACUAAACAGGCUUUGGAGAACGUGAGUGUCUCGCUGGAGGUGUUGCAGGAAGCAACCAACAGUCUGCAGGUGAAUCUGCUCAACGAACGAGCGAGGCUGAGCAACACACUCAACGACCCAGCCUGCUCUGCACCAGGGGUCUCCAGUACCUGCCGUGACAUCAGAAGAACACUGAGUCAGCUCAGCAUCAACGCAAACUACAGUGCGUUGCCUAAUGUAGACACAGAGUUGUCAAAUGUGAAAAAUGUUCUUAAGACAGACUUAAGUAACAUCAUUCAAAAGGGAUAUUCAACAUUUAACGACACCCCAGAUCUGGUAAAGAACCAAACGAAGAAUAUUGUGUCAGCGGUUCCCCGCAUCAAGUCCAUGCUGGAUGCCAUUGGGUCUAACAUCACCAGCUUCUCCAAGCAAAGCCCUGUUCAGGACAUUCUUACAAAUUUCACUCUGUACCUCAGUCAGAGCCAGUCGUUCGUGGAGGACUACUACCCUGUGAUUAACCAGUAUGAUUUCUACAGGUGGAUGGGCUGCAUCAUAGUCUGCUGCAUGGUGGUUCUCAUCCUUGCCUUCAACUUCCUGGGCCUACUGUGUGGCACCUGCGGGUACAACAAGCAUGCCUCCCCCACCACCAGGGGCUGCAUCUCCAACACUGGCGGCAAACUGCUCAUGGCAGGUGUUGGGUUCAGCUUUAUGUUCUCCUGGGUGCUGAUGAUUAUUGUAGUGAUCACUUUCGUCGUGGGAGGAAAUGUCGAGAAGCUGGUCUGUGAGCCUUUCGAGAACAGAGCUUUAUUUAAGAUUCUGGAUACUCCCUAUUUGAUGAAUCCAAAUUGGAAGAACCUCCUGCCUGGCUUCCUCUAUCAGAAUCCCGAAAUAGACCUGACCUUUGAAAAGCUUUAUAGUAACUGCAAAGAUAAUAAAGGCAUCUAUGCAGCACUACAGAUGGAUAAUAUUUUCAACAUUAGUGAAUAUUUAAAUGCAAGCAUGUAUACCAGGGAUGUGGUUGACGUGUUUGAAUUUGUAAAUGUGGAUCUGAGUGAUAUGGUCCUACUCGACGCCAAUGCAAAACAGAAUCUUCUGAAUUUCAGUAAUACAGGCAUAGUGAGCAUCAACUAUGAGGCCUACUUAGCAGAGAUCAAUAAAGGUGUUACAAAAGUGGACCUGUUGUCAUUUGCUAAAGACCUAGAAGAUCAGGCAGGCAAGCUGCCAAAGGGAGCGCUGGAGAAUGCAUUGAAAGGUCAUGCAAGCAGUAUUCGUUUCAUUCAUGGUAAACAGGUGGUGCCACUGGAGCAAGCCAUGAAAUAUUUUAAAGCAAGGAGCACUUUAAAUCAGAGCGUCCGGCUGUUGCAGAGGACUACGUCUGAUCUCCCAAAUAAAAUUAAUCAUGUUAUUGGUGCUCUUGAUGCAGCACAACACCUCAUCAGCAGCAAUGGAUCCUUAAUUAUUACCCAGGAAACCGAAAAAUACAUGGAAAUGAUGAUCGGCUACUUUAAGCAAUACAUAGACUGGGUCAAGAACUCUAUUAUAAUGGAAGUUGCUGCUUGCAAGCCUGUUGCCAAUGUAGUAGAUACGGUUGAGAUUCUGACCUGCAGCUUUGUGGCAGAUUCCUUGAACACUUUCUGGUUUGGCCUGGGAUGCUGCACAGUAUUUUUGAUCCCAAGUAUAAUCAUUUCUGUGAAGCUAGCCAAAUUCUUUCGCAGAAUGGACUCCGAGGAUGUGUAUGAUGACAUUGAGACUAUACCCAUGAAAACUAUGGAAAUUGGUAAUAAUGGUUAUCAUAAUGAACAUUUACAUGGUAUUCCAAACCCUGUAAUGACAAGCAUCCCUUCCUAUGACUCUAUGACUAGAUUCCCCCGAGCUUCUGCUCCCCCAAGGCAAGAUGGGUGGGGCGACUAGCCCAGGGUUUUCUGAUCCAGCCAAGUCUGGAAAAUUGGUAGAAGACACUGAAACUUUCCCAAAGGGAAAUCAAGCUCCCAUUUGAUUGACAGAAUGCCAUCAGUAUGUGCGAUUAGAAAGGAAUCUGUCACCUAGGCAGAUGUUUCAGACUUUCCGUUGUUCUUCAAUACCACUAUCCCUAACUUCCUGACUAAAAUCAACGAGGAAUGAAAAUGUGUAAUAUUGAUUAGGCCCACACACACACAAACACACACCAUACCUGUAUAAAUCAAAUCACAAAUGUAUGUUUACACUGUAGAAAUGUGUGAUAACAGUUAAAGGAGAAUCAUGUCACACUUCACACUAGAUUAUGUAAAAACUAAAUCUUUAGCAGUGCUAUCCUACAUCACAGCUUGCCACAGUUAUUUUGCAUGUUAUGUAGUUGAUCAAUUUACUUUUGUUAUUUGAAACUAUAAAUCUGUACGUAUAUGUAAGUGUACAUGUACAAAAAAAAAAGAAAACUGCAGGUAUUUUGAAAAUUGUAUAUAUUUAUGCCAAGGUAGUUCCUUUUGUACAUGUCUUGUUUAGGUUUGUUAUUUCAGUUAUGCGCUCGAAUUAUGAAGUAUCUAGGUCUAGUAUAGUGGCAGCAGUUGAAUACUUGCAGUGCUGUGGUGUGAAAUAGCAUCUCAGGUUUUAGUAUCCUUUCAACCGCACAAAGUUAGUAUACUGGUCUCCGUUAAUCCUCAGCCUCUGUUCCAAAUGGUACAAAUUGUCAUGUGGGCUCCUGUCUGCUGGACUCAGACCAACACAACUCAUUACACGUGUUACAGGUUCCCCACAAGCACCAGGUCGGUUUGAACAGAAGCCUUUAGGAAAGAUAUAUUUAGGCCUAGCUGGCCAUAAUAAAGAGGUCUUUUUUUCUUCGUGGUGGUGCUUCAGUAGGUAUUUUUUAUAAAAAAUAUAAACAAAGUACACUAGUUUGAAGCAAUUUUUUGUGGUAGAUCUCGGGUUUUUCUUCCUCCUUUACUCGGCUCUUUAGAGUCUGUACAGUGAAAUAACAAAAUAGUUGAACAAAGUUAUAACAUUGAUUGCAUUAGCAAGUUUUACUCAAGGUACAGAUUUAGUUCCACUUGCAAUAUCAUGCUGUGACAGCUAACUGCAUUUGUAGUGAGUUCACAGAAAAAGAGAUGGCAGCUUAGCUCAUUCAGGUGUUUUCUGUGUUUUUUUUUUUAUAUAUUUUUUUUAACAUUUUAGGUCAAAUAUAAAAAGUCAUUUAAAUGAAAGUAGAGACAGUUUAUGGAUGAGUAUGGUUCAGUUUUGAUCAGUGUCUUACAUAUUUUUUCCAUGUUUCUAUAUGUUGUUAAAUAAAAGGCAAAGUCGGUCACUUUAACACCUGUAACAUCUGCCAUAAACUGUUCCCUAUGAGUGCUAAACACAAACUUAAAUCUACGUGUCUAGGUGCUUGCAAUCUGCCCAUGUUUCGAGUUGCACAAUUUGUGAAAUAGCUUUUUAUAACAGUGGGAAUUAAGAUGGCGACCACAGGAAGUACAGUAUAUACCACUGGUGAACUGAAGUGUAAAAAUGUUAAUAACGAUUUCAACCCAGUGAGUUGUUUUGUGGUAUUUAAUGCUACUUUUUUCACAAUAAUUGUAAGUACAAUGCGCAGAUACAGUAGAAGUUAGACAAAGUAAGCGGGUUUUUUUUUUGUUUUUUUGUUUUUUUAAGUAAAAGAAAAUUUGUAUACAAUGUUCACUGUAGUAGAUUUACAAGGGGUUUCUAUUUUUAACAUGUACCCAUUCAAUAAAAAAAAGGUAUUGUUAAAUAUGUAA